AUGUUGAGAACGUACUUCUUUAUCUUGUUCGUCUUUUCGGCUUUCGUGGGAGUAAAGUCUCACCCAGCACCCAAGGCAGAUGAUUACCCUGCCAGUGUAGCCAGGGUAUUCAAUGAACUUCCAGAAGAUACGCAAAGUUCCCACGCAGACCUCAGCGAAUGGCCUGGUGAUGGGGAUCCUGUCGUGCUCUUCAUUCCUGAUUCCAAGAAGCAUAGCGCCAGAAUGACCCCAAACGAUGAUGAAUUGCCUGUCGUCGGUGUCGAAAUGCGUGCUGUUCCCUUGUUACCCGAGGAAAGAGAUACUGAACCUCCCGGUGUACACAUGCUCAGAGGAAAGGCGAACGUUGAUAUCAAAAAUCGAGAGGUUAGUACACUUGAAGCCAGGAAAAAGAAGAAGAAGGUCAAGGCCAGUAGUGGUAAUACGACCUCAAGUGCUAUCCGGAUAACACCUUUCAGCCUGGCGAUAGACGAUCAUGGUUUAGCAGCAAUCAUCAUGCUCGUCUUGGUCACCGGAAUGGGUAUGACCACGCUUUUUUUGAGCUGGACAAAGCAUCAAUGA